UUUAACAUUCCAGAAAAUUGGAAACCAGAAUUAAUGAAAAGUGCGGGAAGAAUGAUGAGAGAUUUUAAGACCAACAUCACUAGUGACUACAUCUACCCUUUGGCAGAAGACGGUCUGAUAGAUGAACUCCAAAUCCUUCCUAAGAAAUAUCCAGAACUUGACCUAGAAGAUUGGAGGACAUUUGUUAGCCACCGUUUAUCUCCUGAGUUUAUGGCUUUGCGGGAAGCACAACGUGAAAGAUCUCUCAAAUAUACUUCGAGGCAUCGUACAUCUCGUAGAGGGCUUGCCAAUGUUAGAGAGGACCUGAAAACUGAACUAGGUGUGGCAGAUGUAGAACGGUACCAAGUAUGGAUAAGAGCACGAGAAAAGAGGAAGGUUCUUGUUACAGAUUUGGACAAACAAAUUGAAGCAAGAAUUAAUGAGCUGAAAGAAAAAGUUAGUAGUGGAGAAAUCAUUGCAAAGGGUCGGAAUGACAUAUUAACGCAAGCUUUAGGGACACCUGAGCACCCAGGGCGUGUUAGAGCACUUGGGUCGUUUGCGAAGAUUUCGUCCGUCUUUGGAAGAAAACCAAAAAUAGCAACAGAAAUGGCUGAUGUUGUUAGUAAGAAAGAUGCAGAAAUUGCGAGGCUCAAAGCAGAACUUAAAGCUUUAGAGGAGGAAAAAGCUAAACAAGCAGGUGGGUUAGAUGAUAUGGAUGAACACGACAAUGAUGACGAGCAGAGCGACGAAGAAUACCACACACCGCACAUGCAGGAUGACACACCGUACAUGCAGGAUGUGUUACUUUGUUCGGAUAAUAUUCAUAAUGUGGUGGCAGAGGGUGUUAUCAUUGAUGGGGUGGGUCCACUGACUAUUCAUGGUGUUCAACUGACAGACGAAUAUGCGAGGGUGCGAGUCACCAAAAUGUUACAAGAGGAUGCUGAAAUCCCAUGGUCCUCUAAGAAAGAAACCUCCUAUGUCAAAAAGUUCAUCCAAGGAUAUGUCAAAACCUCCUAUGACUAG